AUGGAUCGGAAGGGAAAAGAAGGACAGAUUGAAGAGGGGAUCAGAAGAGGAAAGGACAGAUUGAUGGCGAAGGUGGAUCAGAAGAGGAAAAGAGAAGGACAGAUUGAGGGAGAAGGGGGAUCAGAAGAGGAAAAGAGAAGGACAGAUCGAGGGAGAAGGGGGAUCAGAAGAGGAAAAGAGAAGGACAGAUCGAGGGAGAAGGUGGAUCAGAAGAUGAAAAAAGGACAGAUCGAGGGAGGGGGGAAGAGGAAAAGAGAGGACAGAUCGAGGGACAAGGUGGAUCAAAGGAAAAAAGAGAAGGACACAUUGAGGAGGGGAUCGGAAGAGGAAAAGAAGGACAGAUCGAGGGCGAAGGGGGAUCAGAAGAGGAAAAAAGAAGGACAGAUCGAGGGAGGGGGGGACAGAUCAGAAAGGGGGGAUCGGAAGGAAAAGGAAACAGAAGGGGGAUCAGAAGAGGAAAAAGAAGGACAGAUCGAGAAGGAGGAUCGGAAGAGAAGGACAGAUUGA